UGGCUGCGGGUGGCAGUCUCCGCUCGACUCGCGACCGCGCCGCUGCAUGCCUCGGCCGCCGAUGUGAAGGCAGUGCCUGCUGGCAUGGUGACGCACCUGCAGGGUGCAGGUGGCGGCGGAGGCCCCGCCGCUUCCACGGGCUGCUGCAACGCGCUGCACCUGAGUGAAGACAACGCCAGGUUCGUGUUGCUGGCCGUCGUGCUGCUGCUCUAUAUGGUGGCCGGCGCAGCGCUCUUCCAGUUCCUCGAGCAGGACACCGAGCUGGCAAUGGUGAACAAGUUCUGGGACGUGUACGCCGAUUUCCAGAGACGCCUGGCCAACGAGUCGGCCGCACCGAUGGACAUGGCGCUCGUCAACGACUUGCUUUACGCGUACGGCAACGCUAGUGCUGUCGGGCUCGUUCACAAAAGGCGCCGCUGGGACUUUUCCGGCAGUUUCCACUUUGUCGGCACAAUUGUCUCCACUAUAGGCUACGGCAGCACGACCCCGCAGACCGAGAUGGGCCGCGUUGCCGUCAUCCUGUACGGCUUCCUCGGCUGCUCCGGCGGCAUCCUCUUCUUCAACCUCUUCCUCGAGCGCAUCAUCACGUUCCUUGCAUACGCCCUUCGCUACAUCCACGUGCGCAAGCUGUCUAAGCGCGUGCACCAGGCCAACGGCCUCAACGGCCAUAAGGUGUGUGUGUCGAAUGCAUCGCUGGACGACGACGAGGAGAGCCUGGACAACUGGAAGCCGAGCGUGUACUGGGUGAUGCUGUGCCUAAGCGUGGCCGCGAGCGUGGUGGCCGCGUGUGCGUCGCUGAUGUACGCUCCGCUGGAGCACUGGUCCUUCCUCGAGUCGCUCUACUUCUGCUUCGUGUCGUUCGCCACCAUCGGUUUUGGCGACUACGUAGCCACGCAGUCUGAGAGCUACUCCUACGACAGUUGGUACCGCUUCGGAAACUUCCUCUUCCUCGUCAUUGGCUGCUGCUGCACCUAUUCGCUCUUCAACGUCACCUCCAUUGUAAUCAAGCAGGCUCUGAAUUGGAUGAUCGCGCGUCUUGACUUCCGCUGCGAGCGAGCGGCUGGCGCUGCAAACCGCAUGUGGCGCCGCCAGUCGCAGCGUAUUCGACGGCGCCGCAAAAGCACUGCCCGGCCAAACAAUUUGCGGCGACAGAGACGGCCGCCGGCGCCGAUCCGACACGCGCCCAUUUGCGGUGGCGACGCCUUGGCAGCGCCUAACACGAAUCCCAGCGAGACUGGGGACUCGGAUUCUGUCUACGAUUCCGACGGAGAACGCAGACUCAGUGGCGAGAUGAUCUCCAUGAAAGAUUUCCUCCAGGCCAACAAGGUAUCUCUUGCUGUGAUGCAAAAGCAGCUUUACGAAACUGCCCAGAUGCAACGGUGGGGCGUGAGCGCGCAGCCGUCGAGGGGCGCCAGCGGCGGCUUCACACCGGGCAAUGUUGGGCCCCUGGCCAUCGUCAGCCAGAAGCUGGACAACAAUGCGUGAAAGGCUGUGAUACGACUGCAAAUACAGUGCAAGUACUUGAACGCGAGAAAUUACGUUUUGCGAGUGCAUGUCGUUAGGAGCGGCAGAGAAAGCGUAGUCGGUCGGUUUGUUAUACUUUCGUUAGUGAGAGAAGCUCAAUUAAUUGUUAAGUAGGUUCGCGCGCCAAGUGACACUCGCGUUGGGCUAAAUCCAGAUGAAGUCGUUCUAGAUCAAAAGACGCUCGUUUCCACGCCGACUGCAGGGGAGUGUGACUAACUAGGUUUCGUAAAAGCUCUUAAAUACCUCUCUUACAAGCUAUUUUUAUUUUGGUUUAUUUAACUUGAUAUUUGAAGAAUCAGGGAUGAAUACGAAUUAUCAGUGGAAUAUUUCCUGUCCUUAACGUCAUUUUUUGUUGCUAAAAACCAGCUCUUUUUCCCAUUCGCGAGAAAAUCAUUUGGUAUAUUGCACUUUAAAUAGGAGCCGCUUUGUCAGAUGCGAAAAAUACAAUUCUUGGAUUGGAUACCUUGGUGUAUCUACUAUCGAAGUAACCGAGAAGCUGUAGAAAAAGGGGGAAGCAAUAUUAAAUUUUAUUCCAAGAAUGAAGGAAAAGAUGGUAGUAAAUAGGAAACGAUCCAACUAACUGGAUUACAUACAUUGCGUUUCCCUUUCUCGGAACUAUUUGUUGGAAGGUGUCGAGUGAUAUUAAUAGAAAUACGCAAAGGUAUAACAAUAGCAAAAAAUUCUAACAUAUGCAUUUCAUAAUUAACACGAUUCAUUCCUUUCUUCUGAUUGGCUAUUUUUUUUAAGGCGAUCCCUUUUGAUUUUCUCGCGGUGACACACAAUACAAACCCAUUUUUCUAUAGAGUUUUAUAUUAGAUAAAAUAUAUCACAUAAAAUAUUGAAAAAUUAUCCAUUUUGCAAACUUCUUUUAGGAUUUAACACGGAAACAAUUUUUGGUAAAAUUUGUGCAAUGUUACCAAAGACAUUUUACUGUUUCUCACAUCCCUCUGCAGUCAUUUCCUUUAGAAAGUUAAUUAUUCAUUUCGCAGUGUUCUUCAAAUGUCUCUAGACAUAAAAGUGUGCUAACAAGCUGCAUUCAGUAAAGAGGUGCUUUUCUACUCCGGCAUAUUAAUUAGAGCAGCGCAGCUUCUGCUUUCCUCGCUGCUCAAGAUGAUCUCGCGCGCGCAGCCCCAGCACGAACACAUAUUAAGCCAGCAGGCGUUAUCGGCGCGGCCACGUGAAUAAUUGAGUUUGGUCGUAAUUGCAUUUAUAAUUAACAUGACAGACUGAUCCAUUGCAAAUAUCGAGGCUGCGUUUCGUUUGGUUGACCAUUCCCCGCGGUUAAUCUGCUUUCAAAUAUGGAUAAAAUAUUUUGGCCGAUUUUCGGUACGCUGCUGCUAUGACGCACAACACAUUCUGUAAUGAAGGGUUCUUAUCGUGAUUCGUUUGUAUUUCAUCUAACGAGCCUUUUAAUUAAUCACAAGGCAUUUGCUGUGGGAUUUGGAUUUCGUUUUUUAUGUAUGAAAGAAUUCUCAUCGCUAACCCUUUGCAGUCAGAAUGAAUGAUUUUCCUUUAGUGCCGUUUGAAACCCGAAAUUCCCUUGAUGAAUUUUAAAACUUCUCCAUCUGAUCUGAUUUCAAUUGCCUCUCUAUGGAAAUCUUACACUAUAUUGGUUUGCUUUUGAAAAAGAUCAUCUGCGUGGGCGAGUUUUGUGUUAAUUAAAUCAAUAAGAACCAAGAGAUGGAAAAGCGAUUAGUUUUCUUGCCAAAGAUUUCAUUCAUUCCAAUAUCUCAUGUCUCGCGUCUUUCCCAAUACACUUCUGGAUGAAGGCACGCGUCUGAUAGAAUGUUAACAUAGAGAGUGAAAGGUAAUUUUAUGAACUUGUUAUAUUACGAAAGGCUUAACUAGCAGAGAUUCUAUUUGUAAAUUUGAAGUUUUCAACUUUAAAUAAGUGCUUAAAUAAUGCUUGAUUAAUUCAAGUCAACGUGUCACGAGUUGGAGGUGUGAAAAGUAGUUGAGUGAGUUUGAUUAAAUUCCAAGACAAAUUUAAAAUAAAAACUAUUUUAAGCAAUUCACCGUUGCAUUUUUUGCUCAAAAUAACUUAACAAGAACUGAAAAAAAUUGGAGACUAGAUAUUGAUAUGAAACGCAUCAAAAAUGUCCAACCGCUUUUCACAUUUCUGACUGGGAACCUAUGAAAAAUAAAUGCUGUUACGAUUAAUUGUACACACAAAAACAUUAUGUACUCUCACAUUAACUCCAGAGAAUCCUCAAACUUAAAAGCGAAUCAAUAAACACGAUGAUAUUUUGUCAUUUCACGUCG